AUGGAUUACAUCUCUUCCUUUGAUAUUCGUUUAAGUAAAGAUGUCUACUAUGCUGGAGAAAACAUAACAGGAACUGUUUUAUUGGAAAAUUCUGAAAAUAUUAAAAUUAAAGGUAUCCGCGUAUUACUACGAGGGAAAGUUCAUGCAAACUUAAAAGUUGUUAAAUCAGGAGAAAGGCGAACUAUAAAAGACGAUCAGUACAUAUUAGAUGAAAAAGAAUUAAUAUGGGGAAGAGAUAAAGCAGAAGAGUGUGAUGUAAUUCCAAUUUUGGCUCGCGGUCUUCAUAAUCUACCAUUCUCGUUUGCUCUUCCACAAAGUACUUUACCCUGUUCUCUGGAGAGUCGUUAUGGCACAAUUCGAUAUUAUAUUAAGGUUAUCAUAGAUAUACCAUAUGCAUCAUCGCCCCAGGGCAUUAAAUAUUUCACGAUUAUCGGACCUCAUAUCGAUUGUAUGGAAGAGAAGUAUCUGGCUCCAUUAACAGGACAAGAUCGCAAAGUCACAUGUUGUUGGUGCUGUCAGAGAGGAGCUCUUGCUCUUCGAAUCACAUUAGAUCGAACUGCUUAUGUUUGUGGAGAGAAUAUUCGUAUUCGUGCUCAAGUCGAAAAUUGGCAAUCAAGUCAGCAAGUUGUAUCAAUUAAGCUUAUUCAGCAUGUUGAAUAUUACAUAGAAAAAGGAGUUUUAGGAGAAAAUAAAUCAGUCACUUGCACAGUAUUUGAGCACAAAUCACCUCCAGUUGCGGCCAAUUCUCAAGGGAAAUAUGAUUCUACGCUUGAGCAACCAUUACGAUUACCAGUUGUUCCUCCUUCCCUUGUUGGUGUUACUAGACUCAUCCAGAUAUACUAUGUUCUAAGGGCGUGUCUGGAAGAUGAAAAAGGAAAUGAAUGUCUUCAUUUAGAUUUUCCUUUAACUGUUGCCACGUUACCAUAUCGAAUUCCAAAUUCACCUGUGCCUGCAAUAGAAUAUGAUUUCUGUGCACAUCAUGUUGAAGGUGGGAAGUAUGUGUCUCCUGAAUUUAGAUUAGGUCAAGUAUAUGAUGGCGAAGGUGAGGAAGCCAAUAGAGAAGAAGAGAUUGUACUGUAUCGACCUGUUUAUGCACGUAUUGCUGAACGCCGUUUAGGAUCUCCUCAAUUAACAAAAGAUUUACGUUCCGGAUCGUUUACAAGGAUUGCUGAUAGUACUCAAUCAAUCAUAACAGAAAUCAAUGGAAGAAGAAGAAGCGUCAUUGUAUCUUCUCCCUUAAUUGGAGAGAAAGUCUCUUCACGUCACAACUUAACAGAGCAUGAUGAUGAUCCAACAGGUCCUUUGAUGAGUAAAAAGUCGUAA